GCUGCGUGCUGGGCAGAAUAGAACUGCAGAAUUGCACAGGAACACUUCAUUUGUAAGUCUCUAGCUCCUCUCUCUUUUUCCACGAGUCCCUCCUCCCGGAACAGCUGAAGGGUGGGGAGUCCUUCCCACUCCCUGCACAGAAACUCCCAGUCACUACAAGAACCAGACAGGCAACGAAUACACACAGAAUGCCAAAAAUUGCUAUAAUCGGAGGUGGACUGGUUGGUUUGUCUACUGCACUUUGCCUUUCCGAAUCACUGCCACAAUGCUCAGUCACUAUUAUUUCUGAAACCUUCUCCCCAAAUACCACUGGUGAUGUUGCAGCUGGAUGCCUUAUUCCUCAUGCUUAUCCUGACACUUCACUUCAACAGCAGAAAGAAUGGUUUAAGGAGACAUUUGACCAUUUGCUCAAAAUUGCUAACUCACCAGAGGCUUCAACAGCUGGAAUUAGUUUGCUUUCUGGAUGGCAAAUAUACAAGACCUCUCCUAAGGAAAUCUAUCCUUUUUGGUCAGAUCUGGUCCUAGGCUUUAGGACAAUGACAGACGCUGAACUGGCAAAGUUUCCUGGUUAUUCUUUUGGUCAGGCUUUUACUACCCUGAAGUGCCAGUCCUCUCUUUAUCUGGCCUGGAUGAAGAAAAGGUUUCAAAACCAUGGUGGUUUGGUCCAUAGAGAAAAAGUAAUCAAUGUCUGGGAUCUUCAUGGCAAAUAUGAUGUAAUUGUCAACUGCUCUGGUAUUGGAUCAAGAAAUUUGUUUGAUGACUUAUCAAUAUAUCCAGUCAAGGGCCAAGUACUACAGGUCCAUGCUCCUUGGUUGAAACACUUUAUCAGAGAUGGUGAUGGAAGCACUUAUAUCUAUCCCGGAAUAAGCAGCACUACCCUUGGUGGGACACGAGAAAAACAUGACUGGACACUAUCUCCAGAUGCCAAGACAAGCAAAGAAAUCUUUGAGAGGUGUUGUUCUCUUGAACCUUCUCUUCAGGGUAGUAGAGUAAUUGAAGAGAAAGUUGGUUUGAGGCCUGUUAGAUCUGCUAUAAGACUAGAAAAAGAGAUAAUGAUUAAGAAUGGGCACCAGCUUCCCGUGAUUCAUAAUUAUGGGCACGGUGGGGGGGGCUUUUCAGUCCAUAUAGGAACUGCUAAAACAGCCAGCAGACUAGUUAAGGAGUUGCUUGUUGAUUUAAGAUACAUUCAAACCAAGUCAAAACUUUAACAA